AUGCGGGCUGAAGGUAGUAUCAGGCGGUAUGCACAAGGUCCUCCUGGUGGAGGAUUCCCUGGAGGUCUGCAGUUUGGCAUGGACAAGAUGGAAAAGGGCCAGGCUUUGAAAGAAUUCAGUGUUGAUUUGACAGACCUCGCUCGCCAAGGAAAGCUAGACCCAACAAUUGGACGCGACGAAGAAAUACGAAGAACUAUCCAAAUUCUGUCAAGGCGAACCAAGUCCAAUCCCGUGCUGCUCGGUCCCCCAGGUGUCGGUAAAACGGCUAUUUUGGAAGGUCUCGCUUCUAGAAUCAUCGCCAAAGAGGUUCCAGAGUCUCUUCAAUCAAAGCGCGUUCUCUCACUGGACCUCGCAGCGUUACUUGCGGGUACAGGAAUCCGAGGCCAGUUCGAGGAAAAGUUCAAGGCUCUUCUUCGAGACAUUGAGGCGGAACAAGGAGGUGUAAUUUGCUUUAUUGACGAGCUUCACACACUUCUCAAUCUCGGCAAAGCUGAGGGCAGCGUGGAUGCGGGCCAAAUGAUCAAGCCAGCUCUUGCGCGAGGAUUGCAACUGGUUGGCGCUACGACACCGGACGAAUAUCGUAAGACUAUUGCAAAGGACCCUGCUCUGGAUAGACGCUUCCAACCCGUCACAAUUGAAGAGCCAACAGUAGAAAGCACCAUCAGUAUUCUUAGAGGUCUGAAGACUCGCUACGAGGUUCAUCACGGUGUCGAGAUAUCAGAUGCGGCACUAGUGACUGCAGCAGUGUACAGUGCUCGUUAUAUCAGCGACCGCUUCCUGCCAGACAAAGCAAUAGACUUGGUCGACGAGGCGGCUUCCGCUCUUAGGAUCGCUCAAGAAUCGAAGCCCGACGAACUCGAGGCACUCGACCGUGAUAUGAUCACGCUGCAGAUCGAACUUGAGAGUCUCAAGAACGAAUCAGACGUAAUGAGCGUUGAACGAAGAGCCAAAGUAGAAGCAUCUCUGAAUCGAAAGAAGAAAAAGGCUGAUCGUCUAAGUGCAUUGUGGCAUGCUGAGCGUCAGCGAAUGGAAUCCAACAAGCGCACUAAACAACAGCUCGAAGAAGCGAAAUAUGCUCUAGAAGUUGCUCAGCGUGAAGGAAAUUAUGAGCGUGCUUCCCAGCUUCGUUUCCAGACCAUUCCUGAAUUGGAGGCCAAGCUUCCGCACGAAGAAAGCGAUGGUGCGACCUUGGGUCAAGAUGACUCCAUGUCCGGACCGAUGGUUCAUGAGAGAGUAACGAGCAGCGAUAUUGCUCGAGUGGUCGCAAAAGCGACCGGUAUUCCGGUUCAGAAUCUCCUCAAAGGAGAAAAAGAGAAACUUAUUCAAAUGGAGGACUCUCUUAGAAUGAGAGUCGUCGGGCAAGAUCACGUAUUGGCCGCAGUCAGUGACGCUGUGCGUAUCUCCCGAGCCAACUUGCAAACGCCAACUCGACCUGUGGCGUCGUUCCUCUUCCUCGGGCCUACUGGGGUCGGCAAGACCGAACUGUGUAAGGCGCUGGCCAGUUUCCUGUUCAGUGACGAGCAGCGAGGACUGGUUACCAUCAACAUGAGCGAAUAUCACGAUCGGUACACCGUGUCUCGGCUCAUCGGUGCAGCACCAGGUCUCGUUGGAUACGAGGAAGGAGGGCAACUUACGGAGGCCAUUCGUCGCCGUCCAUAUGCGGUGCUAUUGCUGGAUGAGAUCGAAAAGGCACAUAGAGAUGUCAUUAUGAUUCUCUUGCAAAUUCUGGAUGAGGGCCAGCUCACAGAUAGCCAAGGGCGACGUGUUGACUUUAGGAAUACGAUCAUAUGCCUAACCUCAAACCUCGGCAGUGAUGUACUCGCCGACCCUUCUGCAUCGGAUUCAAGCGGAAAGGUAACUCCCGAUGCACAAAAGGCUGUUCUGGACCGCGUAGCAGAGGUAUUCCCCCCAGAGCUGAUCAACCGGCUCGACUCGCAAGUUGUCUUCAAUAAACUCUCACGGGAAUCAAUUCUGAAGAUUGUGUCCUUGCGUCUCAAUGACGUCGCAGAGCGUGUUAAGGACCGUCGCAUCACCCUCGAGGUAUCCGACUCUGCACGCGAGUGGCUCGCCGACGAAGGGUGGUCUGAUAUCUACGGCGCGCGUGCUGUCGCUCGAGUCGUCCGGACAAAGCUCAUGUUCCCAUUGGCGAAGAAAUUGCUUGCGGGAACGAUCCGGGAUGGCGACGUUGUCAAUGUUCACCAUGUUCCGGGGGACGCAGAACUUACGAUUCAGGACAACCACCCACCUACGACUAUUCCUGGAAAGUCUUCGGGCAAGGGAACGCCUCUCAAAUUCUCCGAGGACGACGAUUUCGAGGACGGAUUUUUCUUUUCGUCAAAAACUGCGCCGUAG